AUGGCAGCUAAAGAGGAACUGUACGCCAAAGUGACGCCGCGGAGGCAGCGCCAGAGCCGGCCGAGCACCGUCAAACAUGGGACCACUCUGGACGUGCUGCUGUCCAUGGGCUUCCCCAAGACCAGGGCAUUGAAAGCUCUGGUUUCCACAGGAGGGAAAAACGUGCAGGCAGCUUGUGACUGGCUCUUCUCCCACGUAGACGACCCCUUCCUGGACGACCCUCUGCCCAGAGAGUAUGUGUUGUAUAUGCGCCCCAGCGGAGUCCUCCUCCAGCAGCUCUCUCACUUCUGGCAGCAGUCCCGCGUCUCCUGUGGAAAGAACAAGGCCCACAACAUCUUCCCCCACAUCACCCUCUGCCAGUUCUUCAUGUGUGCCGAUGGGAAGGUGGAGGCUCUGACCGAAGCUCUGCAGGCAACCGUGGCCAAGUGGAAGGGUCUUAUCCCCAUGCCCCUCCCUCUGGAGCUCUACACCUCCUCCACCUUCAUCGGCCUCUUUGUGGAGGAGCAGAUGGCCGAGGUGCUGAAGACUUUCGCCUUGGACUUUGCCACCGAAGCCACAGCUAAAGCAGAUGUUCACGUCGAGCCUCAUAAGAAACAACUUCAUGUCACGUUGGCGUACCACUUCCAAGCCAGUCACCUUCCUAAUUUGGAGAAGUUGGCCAAAACGGUGGAGGUGUCUUCAGGCUGCGACUGGCUGGCCGUGCUCUACUCCCGGGACAUUCGCUUUGCUAAUCAUGAGACGCUGCAAGUCAUGUACCCGUACGUGCCUCAGAAUGACGACGAGCUGGAGCUGGCGCAGGGAGACUUCAUCUUCAUGUCCCCUGUGGAGCAGAGCAGUGCCAGUGAGGGCUGGGUGUUCGGUACCUCGCUGGGCACGGGGCUGUCCGGCCUGUUGCCUGAGAACUACGUCAACCGCGCUGAUGAGUCUGACACCUGGGUCGUCCACGGGUCUCACUCCGUGCUCACCAGUGCCUCUCCGUCUAACUCCGGCAGCAGCGUGGCGGGGUCAUUGUUUGACGGACAGCUGAACGACAGUCUGUUUGACAUGGAUCCUCCCGGCCUUACUGGCCUCUGUCCUCCUAUGCAGGUGUUGAGGCCAACCUGUCAGUCUUCCCUUUCCAAGAUGAGACUGUUUGUGUGUCGCCAUGGCGAGAGGAUGGACGUGGUGUUUGGGAAAAACUGGGUCUCUCAGUGCUUUGACGCCAAAGGCCGAUACAUUCGCUCCAACCUCAACAUGCCGUCCAGCCUGCCAGCCAGAAGUGGAAGUUACCGGGACUACGAUAAAGAUUGUCCAAUUACUGUGUUCGGCUCCACCCAGGCCCGACUUGUAGGUGAAGCUCUGUUGGAAAGCCACACAGGAAUAGACUUUGUUUACUGCUCUCCUUCUCUUCGCUGCGUCCAGACUGCUCAGAACAUUCUGCAGGGUCUCCAGCAGGAGACAAAGACAAAAAUCCGUGUGGAGCCUGGGUUGUUUGAAUGGACCAAGUGGGUCUCAGGCACAAGUUUACCCGUGUGGAUCCCCCCAGCUGAGCUGGCUGCUGCUAACCUGAAUGUGGACACAACGUACAGACCUCAUAUUCCCGUAAGCAAGUUGACAGUAUCAGAAAGCUACGACACCUACAUCAGCAGGAGCUUCCAAGUAACCCGCGAGAUCCUGACAGACAGCAAAAACCUGGGAAACACGGUCCUGAUUGUGGCCCAUGCUUCCUCCCUGGAGGCCUGCACUCGUCAGAUACAGGGCCUCAGCCCGCAGAACUCCAAGGACUUUAUCCAAGUUGUCCGAAAGAUUCCUUACUUGGGUUUUUGUGCUUGUGAAGAAUUGGGAGAGACCGGGGUGUGGCAGCUGGUCGACCCGCCCAUCUUGCCUCUGACACAUGGACCCAAUCACAGCUUCAACUGGAGGGAAAUGCUAAUGCAAGACUGAAGGAUUUGCUCUUUGGCUCUCUUAUCUUUUGGUGACCCUGAACUGCUGAAAGAAAUAUUUAUUUUUAACCCACUCUGCUCUAAAUCCAGCCCAACUACCAAAAAAAAGGAAAGAAGAAAAACCACGUCUGGCUUCCUUCAAAGAUAUCAUGCAAAAAAAUAAAUGCAUUUAUUGAAGCAAAUGUAUUCAGACACACUGCUCAGGAAUGAGAAAAGCCACAGAUAGAAUGGCAGUUUGGUGUUUUGAGAAUUGUGGAUAUUUCUUAAGACUUGCUGAUGAAUCAGGUUUAUUGCCAUGAAAAAAGACGUUAAGUCUGUGACUCCUCUUCAGGCAGGGCGGUGAAGACUUUGUGUUUUGCUGCCUUCACACACACUGUGACAAGAAGUAGACGAGAAAGACUUCCACCACAGAAAUAUUUUUCCAUGUGUCAGAAAUUAUUAUUUAACUUGUAGCUAAGACCCUCCCGCAAAAAAAAAAAAAAAAAGCACAAAAGAAAUGUUGACAAUCAGACAGGGGAAAACUGAUCUUCAUUGUUUCUGGUGCCGAGAUGGGUGGUUUAUGAUUCCUGUAAAUGUCAUAUCAUUAAGUGAUUUUCUCUAAGUUAACAUUUAAUUGCCAACAUGAAUAGUUUUACUUUCCUGCAAUGCAGUUUUAUUACCACCACAGGAGCAACCAAGGCUUAAGAAAAUUAAUAUAAUUUAAUACAGACCGCUUUUGGGUGCAUUGACUAAAAUAUUUGCUUGUUAAUCACAGCAGCACUGUUGAAUUUCAUGUUUUUUGUUAUGUCAGAUGAUUUAAAUGCUUACUGCCUAUACCAACUGUUUGUUAUUUGAGUCAAAACGUCUAUUGAUACUCUCAAAAAUGAAUAAAGCAAGGAUGUGGUGAUAUGAAGGCCUAUACAUAUAA